AUGAUGAUUAAUGGAAACGAAUAAAAUCAAUAGAUUUAUGAGAGAAUUCAAUUAUAAAUCGAAUAUUUGUUUGAAGGUGUAAGAAAGAAUUUAUAUGGAAAUGGCCUAGAAUUAAAGAUUUUUGAUCGAAUGAAACAAAUACAAAUAAAGUAUACGUUUAUAAUACAUAAUUAGAAUUUACAGAAUAACAAAGAUAGUAUUUUUUAUACGAUAAAAUGAAUGUUACUAAUCGUCCUGAUUGUUAUGAUAAACCAUACUUUUAUCAUAUCUACUGAAAUUUAUAAAGGUUUUCAUCAAUAUUUAUGAUAAAGAAGGAGUCUAAAUUUUAAGAGAUAUUUUUAUUUCUUACCAAUUUGAGGAAUUCUUUUAGAAUUGCACACACAAUUUAAAAUAUAUAAUUACUAAUACAGAACAAAAUAAAGAAGGAUUUUAUGCUAAAUUGAAAAGAUAUUUAUAAUUCAAUAAUUGA